CUCAAGCACGCCGCAGGCCUCUACAAGACAUGGACAGCGUCGCGGGGCCGUCGCAGCCGCAGGCGUCAGCCUCACAGCCGCGACACGAGCAGGGGCUCAAGUCCGAGGCGGAGCAAGAGGCGCUGCAGGAGCAUCUGCUGCUGCUGCUCGGCGACUCAAACUUGCCCACCGGCGGCUUCGUCGCCUCUGCCGGCCUCGAGUCCUUUGCCGCGCACGGCCUGCUGCGCUCCGCGAGCGCGCAGACGGCCAGCGCGCAGAUGCUCUCCUUCCUCGCUGCCUCGCUGGCCUCGUACGCACGCAGCGUCAUGCCGUACCUGCUCGAUGCCCACGCACUGGCGCAGCGCGGCGCCGACGCCGCAGACGCACUCAUCACGCUCGACGUGCACCACGAAGCCUCGCUGCUCUCCACGGCCGCGCGGCGCGCCAGCAUCGCCCAGGGCGCGGCGCUGCUGACGCUGCACUCCAAGGCGUUUGCCGAGCCGCUGCCGCUCGCGCGUGGGCUGCAAGUGCCGCAGAGCGCCAAGCCGCCCGCCGAGGCGGCACUCGAGGCGUUCCGCAUGCAGCUGCGCAAGGGCAAGACGGCGGGCCAUCUCGCCGUCUGCUGGGGCCUCUUCGCUGCCGCGCUGGGCAUCGAUGCCGCACGAGCGGCUCGCAUGCAUCUCUUCCUGCAGGCGCGCGCCAUGCUCUCCUCUGCGAUCCGCCUCAACAUCCUCGGGCCGUACGCGGCGCACAGUCUGCUGCACCACCACCUGCGCGCCGUGCUGCGGCAGGCGCUUGCAGCGUGCGGCGCGGCGCCGGGCACGCAGCUGGCGGCCGCUGCUCCGCAACGCGAGGGGAAGGAGGAGGCGGUCAGGGACGAGGAUGAGGCGCAGGGCUGGGCAUGGGACUGGGACGACGAAGGCGCCUGGGCGGCAGAGGAGGGCGGCAAGCAGGUGGGCGGCGCGCCCGCAGUGACGUGGCCGCUGGGCGAGAUUGUGCAGGCGCGCCACGACGUGCUGCACUCGCGCAUGUUCAACAGCUAGCCGCAGGGUCCGGGUGCAUGCCUGAAAUGAGUGUAGGUGUGAGGGUGACAAGAGGGGGGGGAGAGACAGUGAGGUGUCAAGGCGCUCUAGCGCGCGACGGGCUUCUCUCGUGCCCGCUCGUGUUCGCGCUCGCUCGGCUCCGAGACGCCAGUCUCGCCGCUUGGCGCGCUGUCCUUCUCGACGGCGCCCGCACUGCUGCUGCGCCACGCCGGAUUCGGCAGGCGCGAGUCGGGCACCGCGCGGCCGUAGCGGUCGAUCCAGCUCUCGGAGACGGGGCGCGAGAGGACGUAGAAGGCGUUGCGCAGCGGGUUGCGCGAGGCGAACGGGUUCGGAUCGCG